AUGAUUGCAUUUCAGGGCAGCCAACCGGCUCAGCCGCAGCAACUGUUUCAGCAGCCAGGAGGCAUGGACAUCCAAGGCAACACGCACGAUCAUCACAGCAGCAAAGUGAUGGUAUCCAAUCACAUGGAUUAUAUUCACCAUAUUAGUUUUGAUGUAUACGGUCGCCGAAUGGCAACCUGCAGUGGAGAUCGUUUUGUCCGUGUGUGGGAUUUGACAGAUACCGGGGAUUGGAAUUUGGUUGGAGAAUGGCAAGCUCAUCGCGGCAAUGUCACGAAAAUUGCAUGGGCACAUCCCGAGUUUGGAUCCGUCUUGGCGACGAGCGGAUCUGAUAGCGAUGCCAAGAUUUGGGAAGAACGGACUCACGGAGCCCAUCACUCGCAUCCGUAUUUUGUUUUGAGUGGUACCAACGCUGGAGCGACCUCUCCAGCGGCCAAUCUGACCGGUAUUGGGGCUUCUGGUGGGGGAAUCACCACUACUGCGACGGCAGCCACAGGAGCCACCAAUACAACAGCAUCGUCAGCCUUGGCGUCCCGGUGGACUGUCAAAACGCAAUUGACAGAGGCACGCAAGGCCGUAACAUGCCUAGAGUUUGCCCCUCGUCACUGGGGUUUGAAGCUGGCCACAGGAUCAGCGGAUGGCUGUGUUCGCAUCUACGAAGCAGUCGAUGUCAUGAACCUUAGUCAAUGGCCCUUGGCUGCCACACUUCAAGCGUAUGGACAAGGAGAAGGAACUUCUUCCGCUCUGGCAACAGAUCAACUUGGGGUUUCCUGUUUGAGCUGGUGUACAGGCCGAUUUGAGCCACCUACUUUGGUUGUGGGAGGCUCACAUUUAUCUAUCUUUCGAUACAUGGAGUCGGCUCGGUCUUGGCAACCCUUGUUACAACUUCCGUCCAGUGGAAACAAUCUGCACGUUUUGGAUGUAGCAUGGGCUCCUAAUGUGGGACGACGAUUCCACUAUAUUGCGGCAGCGGAGGAUCAGCAGCUGCGAGUUUACAAGUUGUCAAGGACAUACGCCGACUCGGACGAGAAAACAAGCAGUGGAGGCAACAACAAGACAACCAAAAAGCCCACAGGAAUCAACAACAACAAACUGGAGGUAGAAUCAGCUCAAACGUUGAUGGCAAAUGCAUGGCGAUGCCAGUGGAAUGUGACAGGAACAGUUUUGGCCAGUAGUGGUGAUGCCGGAGCUGUUCAAAUGUGGAAAGCUGACAAUAAUGGGGACUUUCAAUGCGUCGCCCAAGUGCAAGGGGAUCUCUCUCAGGCAGCUUCAGGAAUGGUAGAGUGA